AUGGCGCUGAGCAAAGGGCUGCGGCUGCUCGGGCGGCUGGAGGGCGCGGGGGCGAGCAGCGUCCUGCUGGAGGCGCGCGGCCGCGGGGACUGCCUGCUCUUCGAGGCCGGCACGGUGGCCACGCUCGCUCCCGAAGAAAAGGAGGUCAUUAAGGGCCAGUACGGGAAGGUGACCGACGCCUAUGGCUGCCUGGGGGAGCUCAGAUUAAAAUCCGGUGGCGCCUCCCUGAGCUUCCUGGUUUUGGUGACAGGCUGCGUCUCCGUGGGCAGAAUUCCAGAGGCUGAAAUCUACCAAAUCACCGCCACCGAUUUCUACCCCCUUCAGGAAGAGGCCAGAGAGGAGGACCGCCUGGCCGCCUUGAGGAAGAUCCUGAACUCGGGGGUCUUCUACUUCUCCUGGCCCUGCGACGGCUCCCGCUUCGACCUCACCGUCCGGGCGCAGAAGCAGGACGACGACAGCCAUGAGUGGGGGGACUCCUUCUUUUGGAACCAGCUGCUGCAUGUGCCCCUGCGGCAGCACCAGGUGAGCUGCGGUGACUGGCUGCUGAAGGUCAUCUGCGGGGUGGUGGCCAUCCGCACUCUCUACGCCUCGCACAAGCAGGCCAAGGCCUGCCUCAUCUCCCGCAUCAGCUGCGAGCGCGCCGGGGCUCGCUUCCAUACCCGCGGCGUCAACGACGAUGGCCACGUGUCCAACUUUGUGGAGACAGAGCAGACCAUUUACCUGGAUGACUGCGUGUCGUCUUUUGUCCAGAUCAGAGGCUCCGUUCCACUCUUUUGGGAGCAGCCGGGGCUUCAGGUGGGUUCCCACCAUCUGAGACUCAACAGAGGCCUGGAAGCUAACGCCCCUGCUUUCGACAGGCAUAUGGUUCUUCUGAAGGAGCAGUAUGGCAAGCAAGUGGUUGUGAACCUGCUGGGGAGCAGAGGCGGAGAGGAGGUGCUCAACAGAGCCUUCAAGAAGCUGCUCUGGGCUUCUUGCCACGCCAGCGACACGCCUAUGAUAAACUUUGACUUCCAUCAGUUUGCCAAAGGCGGGAAGCUAGAGAAAUUAGAGAACCUGCUGAGGCCCCAGUUGCAGCUGCACUGGGAUGACUUCGACAUCUUUGCGAAGGGCGAGAAUGUGAGUCCACGCUUCCAGAAAGGCACUCUGCGGAUGAACUGUCUGGACUGCCUGGAUCGAACCAACACAGUGCAGAGCUUCAUUGCCCUCGAGGUCCUUCACCUGCAGCUCAAGAGCCUGGGGCUGCAUUCGAAGUCCAUUGCUGACCGCUGCGUGGAGUUCUUCAAAGCCAUGUGGUCUCUGAACGGGCACAGCCUGAGCAAGAUGUUCACGGGCAGCCGGGCCCUGGAAGGGAAGGCCAAGGUGGGGAAGCUCAAGGACGGGGCCCGGUCCGUGUCCCGCACUAUCCAGUCCAACUUCUUCGAUGGCGUGAAGCAGGAGGCCAUCAAGCUACUGCUGGUUGGGGACGUGCACAGUGACGAGGCCGCCGACAAGGGCAGGAUGCUGUUGGACAACACGGCUCUGUUGGUGAACCCCCAGAUCCUGAGAGCCAUGCUGGAGCGCCAGGAGGAGUUCACGAACCUCCGGCAGGUCCGCGUCGCCACGGGCACCUGGAACGUGAAUGGGGGGAAGCAGUUCCGGAGCAACCUCCUGGGCACGGCGGAGCUGACAGACUGGCUGCUGGAUUCGCCCCGGCUGUCGGGGGUGGUGGAGUCCCCUGAUGACAGCAGCCCAGCUGACAUAUUUGCUGUGGGGUUUGAAGAGAUGGUGGAGCUGAGCGCAGGGAAUAUAGUCAAUGCCAGCACCACCAACAGGAAGAUGUGGGGUGAGCAGCUGCAGAAAGCCAUCUCACGCUCUCAUAGGUAUAUCCUCUUGACCUCUGCACAGCUGGUGGGCGUCUGUCUCUAUAUCUUUGUGCGUCCCUACCACGUCCCCUUCAUCAGGGACGUGGCUGUGGACACGGUGAAGACGGGCAUGGGUGGAAAGGCUGGCAACAAGGGCGCCGUGGGCAUCCGCUUUCAGCUGCACAGCACCAGCUUCUGCUUCAUCUGCAGCCACCUGACGGCCGGGCAGUCCCAGGUGAAGGAGCGCAACGAGGACUACCGGGAGAUCACCCAGAAGCUGAGCUUUCCAGCGGGCAGAAACAUAUUUUCGCAUGAUUACGUGUUUUGGUGUGGCGAUUUCAACUACCGCAUCGAUCUCACUUACGAAGAAGUCUUCUAUUUUGUUAAGCGCCAAGACUGGAAGAAACUUCUGGAAUUUGAUCAGCUACAACUACAGAAAUCAAGUGGAAAAAUUUUUAAAGACUUUCAUGAAGGUGCCAUUAACUUCGGACCCACCUACAAGUAUGACGUUGGCUCUGCUGCCUACGACACCAGCGACAAGUGCCGCACCCCCGCCUGGACAGACCGUGUCCUGUGGUGGAGGAAGAGGCAUCCCUUUGACCGAACAGCUGGAGAGCUCAACCUCCUCGACCACGACCUGGAUGCCGACACCACCGUCAGACACACGUGGUCUCCCGGCGUCCUCAAGUACUAUGGCCGCGCCGAGCUGCAGGCAUCUGACCACAGGCCUGUGCUGGCCGUCGUGGAGGUGGAAGUGCAAGAAGUGGACGUGAGUGCGCGGGAGCGGGUGUUCCAGGAGGUGUCCUCCUAUCAGGGCCCCCUGGACGCCACCGUGGUCGUGGACCUGCAGUCGCCCACCUUGGAAGAGAAGAGCGAGUUCCCGGAGGAUGUGCGCACCGAGCUCAUGCAGACGCUGGGCAGCUACGGGACGAUCGUCCUGGUCAGGAUCAACCAAGGACAGAUGCUGGUGACUUUCGCCGACAGUCACUCGGCCCUCAGCGUCCUGGACGUGGACGGCAUGAAGGUGAAAGGACGUGCCGUGAAGAUUAGACCCAAGACAAAGGACUGGCUGAAAGGCCUGCAAGAGGAGAUCAUCCGGAAGCGGGACAGCAUGGCCUCCAUGUCGCCCACUGCCAACUCCUGCUUGCUGGAGGAGAACUUCGACUUCACGAGUUUAGACUAUGAGUUGGAAGGGGAUAUCAUUGAAGAUGACGAAGACGAUCUGGUGGAUGAGCUGAGUCAACCUGUGAUCUCAGAUGGCGAGCUGGGGGCAGACGAGCUUUGCGAAGCCCCCUGCACCACGGCAGCAGCUCCCCUCAGCUGCUCACCUGCUCUCACCAAGAAGAAGCAGCAUCCGACCUACAGAGAUGACGCUGACCUGGUGGAGUUAAAGCAGGAGCUGGAAGCAGUUGGGAAUCCCCGCCACCGUUCUCCAAGCAGGUCCCUGUCGGUCCCCAAUAGGCCUCGGCCACCUCACCCACCGCAGAGACCCCCCCCUCCAACUGGCUUAGUGGUGAAAAAGUCGGCUUCGGAUGUGUCCAUCUCCUCAGGCACCCACGGGCAGUACUCGAUUUUGCAGACAGCAAAACUUCUGCCAGGAGCCCCUCAGCAAGCGCCCAAAGCUAGGACUGGGAUCAGUAAACCAUAUAACGUCAAGCAGAUCAAAACCACCAACGCCCAGGAGGCGGAAGCAGCCAUCCGGUGUCUCCUGGAAGCCAGAGGAGGUGCCCUAGGGGAAGCCCUCAGUGCCUCAGCUCUGAGAGACCAAGGCUCCUCCAAACCAGAGCCACCAGUGGGGGUGCCCCCCAUCCUGCCCCGGCGCCCUCCACCCAGAGUUCCUGCCAUCAAGAAGCCAACCUUGAGGAGGACAGGAAAGCCCGAGUCACCAGAAGAACAACCCGCUGUCCACUUUACCAUCGGGCCCCUGGAGACCAGCCUCGAAGCCCCUCCUGCAGCUGCUGUCCCUCCUGUUCCCAAACCAAGGACACUGCAGCCUGGCAAAGGCUCCCAGCGGAGGCCCAGCGGCGGGAAGCCAGCGCCAGGCCACGGUCCUCUUGUGACCGGAGCCACCACGCCGCCCCCUCUGGAGGUCCCACCUCUUGUACCCCGGGUCCCCCCCAGGAGGAAGAAGUCGGCCCCAGCGGCCUUCCACCUGCAGGUUCUGCAGAGCGGCAGCCAGAGCCUCCAGGGCCUUCAGCACCCCCAGGAAAGGGGCAGCCCCAGCGAGGGUCCCCCUGCCCACCAGCCCUCUGGGGGCGCGUUCUUCCCACAGCCAGCUCCUCCUGGCACCUCACCUGCUACCAGCCCUGAAACUGAUGGCCCCACGGAGACCAAGCCAGGGGCGGCCUCCCUGCCCAGCAGUCAUCAGGAUCCUUUCUGGAACCUUCUCCAGCAUCCGAACCUGUUGAAUAAUGCCUGGCUGUCCAAGAGCUCCGAGCCCUUGGACCCGGGGAGCAGGCGGCUGGGAAGAGCACACACAGUCCCCCUGCAGGGUGGUGCCCUGGCCACUGAGGACCGACCGCCGCAGGACAGGCAGCAAGACUCGGGUCCCUGGGUGACCAUCAGCGACAACGACAAGAGGACGGUGCUGCAGGUGUUCGACCCCCUGGCAAAGACAUGACGGGCCAGCAGCCAUGCUCUCUCAGGCUGUCCUUGUUCCCUCAGGCCUCACUUAGAGGGAAGAUCCCAUGGGCCUCCCCGACCCAGUCAAAGAGACAUCUAUUUAAAGGCCCUGAAAAGACCUGCCCACUUGUCACUCUUUGUAGUUUACAACAACUGGGUCUCUUAUUCAGUGAGAUUGUGACUCGACACCAGGAUGGGUUUCGCUCCAGGGUUGUGCCUCUCACGGUUCCCCUCGGGUGGGGAGCCCCCGUGAGAUCAGGUGUGUGGCUGAGAGAAGGCGGGUGCACUGAGGACGCCCACGAGGUCACGUCUGUUGAAUUUAAAAGGCUGCUCAGUUUAUGUGUGUAUGCGGUGGCGUUUCUUUUGCAUUUUGUUUGUGUUACGGAUUUGGGAUGACUUUUUGAUGGCACUGGAGGCCAAUGCCUACAGCAGGCUGGUACUCAAAGGCACGGCAGCUUUCACAUCUGGGUUGGGCCCACUGACACCAGGUUGAAACAGAGCAAGUGGGUCAGCCAGACGACUGGACCGUACAUUCCCAUGGACCCAUGUUCAGCAACAUGGGGUGCAGUGACCUCGAGUCUGUGUACACCCUGGGGACUGCUCUCAUGUACUGGAGCUUCUACCUGUAAUUUACUCUGAGCUUACCCAGCUAGAUUCCCGUACACGUCUCUGACAUUCAUUGCAUGCCACGUAAAUCAUGACGCUCCCGAGCUGGAGUGCUACUUAAGCCAACGUUUACACUCUGUUCCCUGUCCAGUGAAACCUCGUGGAUUCUUUGUUCCCCUUUUAUUCCAUACCCGGUAAAUAACCACACAGCAUGUGAAAGCUCAAGCUGGUCCAGAAUAUUGAUCCUUCCUGGUAUAUUACACAAAGAAUAUUUCUUUCUCCUGGCCUGCCUGGCUGUAGCUUCAGGGAAGAGCACCCCACGGCCCUGUAUAGAAUCCCCCCCCCACACACACAAGGCAGCUUCUCAGGUUUGCUUAUCUGCAGGUUAUUAGGCUUAGUUGUUAUCAAUGUCUUUCCUAUACAUUUCCAGCACCCCUUCUUGCUUACUCAAUCACUGAAAAAGACAUCACCAUAUUGCUUUACAUUUUAAAAGGAGUGUGACAGGCCUGCAAUGUGUUUGCAGAAGAAGAUAGCGUAUUUUUGCUAGUAAAUUCACUGGCGAAAUCUUAGUGUGUCACAUUUAGUAGUAUUUAGUAGUCCUGCGUGUUGUUGAGUCAUGCAGCAGUCUGACCCUGGGUGGCUGGCACUGCUGUGUGGAUGCAGGUAAGGUUGGCGAGGAGCCUGGCCCUCGGGAGCAUCGCCUCUCCUGGCCACACUCUCGGGGAAUUACCUCCCAUCGCCACUGUCAAGAUACGUGGCAGAUGAGUUAAAUCUGGUGCACAAAACUCAUCACUUGGUUGAAGUUCAAGACAUCUAAUAAAAUUCUCCUGCCAUGUAUAUAAGCAUAAGCAAAGUAAUGUAUUAAAACACUCACUUUAUAAAGAAGCAAUUUCCUUAGAAAGGAAAGCUGCGAAAAUGAUGUAUUGGGUGACUAGCAAUUAAUGAAAGCCCUGUCAUGUGUAUUUGAAGUGAUAAUUUAUACUGAAAUUGUAAAAAGUGCCUAUUAAAUGUUGUGUUUCUUCUUAAUUUGACUAAUUUAUUUUCAGAUGUGGCGAGAACCUUGGGUACCUUCUUUGGCUAGCCUUCUGUUCUGGAUGAAGUGUGAUGACUACUUAUUCUGCUGAGUUUUUGUUUAGGGGACUGUUUUUUAAUCGUCAAGCUAAGUUGGAAAAAAAAUACAGAAAAUUAAUAAUUCGGUUAAAACGUAUGACUUAAAAGCUGCCAUUUGAGACCACGACCCCACCCUAGAUAAUAACCUUAUGCCAGUGUGUCUUUAAGACUCCAGAAAUGCCGAGUUCAUUUCUCCAAGAUCUUGUAGAGAACUUACGAAGGCUGCUGUGGUUUGAGUACCUUCAACCCAGAGGCAGGAGAGGCGCACAUGGCCUUCAAGUUGUGUUCUGGUUUGUUCUUAGCGGAUUAGCUCAGUGCAGGUCCUGAAUGUUCUCAAUGACCCCCAGGAGGGAGGACAGCUAGUCCAGGCAGCCCUGGGGGUUGCAUGGGAAGAAGGACACUGCCGGACCUUCCCUUUCCAAGGAGUGAAGAGAAGGGUUUAAGACUCCCUCUCAGCAAGGCAGACCUGUCUCAAGGUAAGAGCACAAAUGACCAAGC